UGAAAGUGAUGAAUUUCGCUUUUGACCUCCACCAGGGAGCAUUUCCUUUUGAUUGUACGGUAUAAACUCAAAAUGAGACGAAAUUACACCCAAACAUUUGUUUCCUGCUUGUUAAACCCGCAAAUCAGCACUAAAUCUCGUGACACGUUAAGUCAAGUUGAGAAUCAUUUUGAUCUUUCUAAGCAUUGUUUUGGAUACAUUCCUUUUGAGUGACAGCAGAUGACCUGCAAACAAAGUCUGUUUGACAGUCCACAAAGUCCACAAACUCUCUCUCACACACACACACACAAGGUGUUUUUUUUUUUUUUUUAUUAAUUAAAACAAUCAAAAUCCAACUUCAUAACUAAUGAUCUCGAAAGAAGUUCCAAAUCGUCAUUGAAUCGAAUUCCCAUGAAGUGAAGCCGGUGUAAAUGUUAACGAUGCUAAUGAUUUGUUUGAGGCUGUCGCAGAGGUUCGAGGUGAAACUUGGCCGCGUAAACGCCGACGUGUGUUCUGGAGGGUCGACCUCCUGCAGAGUUCGUCGACCCGAAACGCGCCUCAGAGCCAUCGAGGCCUUUGAGCGAGCGACCCGAAAGCACCGCAGCUCCACUUCGCCCUCCACUUCCAGACUCGAGCGGACGCGCACGAUGGCGGCGGGCCUGCACAUUUGCGGCCUGGUGGCGGGCGUGCUGUCGUGGUGCCUUCAGUCGAGCUGCACGUCGUCGCAGCUGUGGAAGGUCCGCAGUCAGGCCGAAUCUCUGAGCAGCAGCCAUUGGCAGUUCGAGGGCCUCUGGAUGAGCUGCGCCGCCACCUCGCUCGGAACGCUGCAGUGCAACAAGUUCAAGACGCUGAUCGGUCUGCCAGGUUCGAGCUGGGCACGGGACUUUAUCUGGGCUGGGCAGCUUCCGGUGUGGCGCUGCUGGGUGGCGCAAUGCUCUGUUGCUCCUACAGGAGGAGCUCUUCCUCCUCCUCCUCUCCUCCCGCACGAUAUUUUUCGUCCUCGAAGAGCGGUCAAGGUCACGGCGCGAACAUCUACCGAGCGCCACACGCCGCCUCCUGCGACGACGGCGCCAACGCUUACGUGUGAGCGGGCGGUGCCUGAACGCACCGUCGCAGCUCCACCAGGAUUCGUGAAAGUCUCGAUCUUUGUGUGUUUUUGUAACCGUUUUGCUCUUUGACUUUUGUGUCACUUUUGUGUUGUGAUUUAGGCCACGUGCCGCCAAAAUUGAGACUCACGACUUCAUCGUAAUCUGUUUAGUAAUAAAGAGGUUUCAUAUUCCUUUCGUAAUAAAAAUGUCUUGCGUUAAGCCC